CUGUCCCUGCCAUCAUAAACAUGUUUACUGACACCCCCAUCAAAAAACAACUUAUUUAUGCUACAAAACUAAAACUGAAGCCUGAGUUUCCUUUGUGAAAAUCGUGUAAACCAAAGGCUUUUCAUUUUGUAAUACACUGGCUCAUUCACGGCAUAUGAUGUAGCAAUGAAAGGUGUCAAAUUAUCUAACCAUUUAGAUUUUCUUGCAAAGCUUAAUGUAAUUUUACUGCACUGACUAAUGAUACUCCAGAUAUUCUCAUACAUAUAAUACUAACCUGCUGGCUGUCAUGAUUCUGUAGUCCAUUAGGGACUGAUGGUGCACCGAGGGGAGGAGAAACACAGCUACAGAGGAUUGAGUGUUUGAGAACGCCCUGAACAGUGAGUUAGCAUCAUCUCAAAGAAAAACAUGCACGUACAAUGUGGUCUUUAAAUACAUGGUCGAGAUUUUGAUCUGUGAAAAAUGAGUUGGAUGCUCUCCAUCUUCGUGGCGACGGCCCUGCUGGCUCUCGGUAGGGGACAAAACACUGAGCAUGAAGGAAAUAGCCUGUCUGCAUCUGGCUAUCGUCUUUGUACUUAUAAUGAGACAAGGAAUGUAAGUUUACUGGUGAUGCACGCGGUCCCCUAUACUGUGACGAAGCCUUGUGGGGGUUGGCUCCACUGGAAGACAUGUACAGUCACACUUUACAGGAUGACCCAUGAGACUGAGACCAGGACAGUGAAGCAGCAGGUGACCCGAUGCUGCCCCGGCCACGUACAAGUGGGUCGAUACUGUGCCCUGCCUGUAAACAGGAGUGAUGAGUUCACUGCCAAGCCAGGAUCCUGUCCAACUGCAGAUGGAGUGUAUAACAGAUCUGAGGGCUGUGAGUGGGACAUUGACUGCCCGGGCUGGCAAAAAUGCUGUCAGAGUUCCAGUCAUUAUGUCUGCAGUGAUCCUGCAGACUCAACAUAUUAUUCUGAUAAUGGAGGCUAUCGGUUUAAUGCAACAGUGACGGUGAAGACAGAUUACCAGCCUCUGAUGUCCACUGACAGAGGACUUCUGGAUCACACACGAUUGCUCCAGGCGAUGGUGAUUGGAGCACUGCAGUCUGACGUUACAGUUUAUUACCUCAGCUCACAGCCUGUGCAUCCCUUCAGAACGGCCACCUCCAUACUGAUUGCCUGCAACUUGACUCUUUCACUGCACACUGUCACGUCGGAGCUGCAUCUUCUCCUCAAACACAUACAGGAAGUGUCAUCUGUAACUGUGGAAGAUGUGGAUGAGUGUGCACUGUCUGCUCUGCGUGGGUGCUCCCCCCACUCAGACUGUAACAACACAGUGGGCUCCUACCUCUGUUCCUGCCACCAAGGAUAUGUAAAUGUUGACCCCAGUAACCCUGGAGCCCAUUGCACAGCUGACUUCAGGGCGGAGACCACUCCAGAGCCCUGUCUUACCUCUGUUCCACCCAUGAACACAACCACAAUCUCAGCUUUCAACAGCACCCAGGAGCGUGUUAGGAACAUCACUGAGGGUUCCUUCAGCUCCACAGGGACCAGCAUGCCUACAGCUCUGAGUAAUACAAGCACCGUCGCUUAUAAUUCAUCAAACGCCCCGCAGUGGACAAGUUCUGCACCUUAUAGCAGCCUGAGAUCAACUGUAGAGUCCCCGCUGCCAACAACCACAUGCUAUCCUGCCAAUAUCACCAGCGUAUGGGCAGCUGAUGUCACUGGAACCUCCUUUCGUGUCCACUGGUCCAGCCAGUUUCAGACAAACCAGACGUACCAGGUUGUCCUAAGCAAAAGGUCAGAGGUCAUUCAUUCAGGAGUCACCAGUCAGACCAUGAUGGAGGUGAGGGAUCUGCAGCCUGGGGUUCUCUACACAGUGGCUGUCACACCCAGGUCCUGCCAACAAGGAAUCACCUUAGAUAUAUCAGUCAAGACUGAUGCUCAGAAACUCGAAGCCACAACACGACUUACCAACAUCGAGUUUUCUGCUGACCUGCAGAAUGGCAGCAGCCAGGCCUACCAAAACCUCACUGAGAGUAUCACACAGGAGAUCUACCAGUCUCUGUCUCCAGAGAUGAAGGCCAUGGUGGAUUCAGGCCAGAUGAGAAUCGAGAUCACAAGCUUUUCCCAGGGGAGUGUGUUCGUCCACUUUACAAUGACCCUCGCCCCCAGUGAAAGCCAAGACAUCGCUAAUGUGUCCACAGCUCUGCAGCACUCCCUACUGAAUAGCACCAAAUAUACAGUGGAUAAAAACAACACAAGCACACAUGAUUUUAAUGAGUGUACCAUGGGAGAAAAUGACUGUUCCCUGUUGGCUACAUGUACAAACACCUGGGCCUCCUACACAUGUGUCUGCUUGGAUGGAUUUAUAGACAACAACCCAGAGAGGCCUGGCCGAGCCUGUCACGCAAUCACAACCACCCCUACUUCAACAACAACCACUGCUACCCUAGUAACCACUAUUGCACCAACAAUCACCACGACUGCCCAAAGAACUACAACUAGCACCCUUCCAACCACCAUUACUGCUCCCACAACCACUCCUAUUGCACCAACAACCACAACUGCCGCCCCUCCAACUACCACUACUGCUCCAACGACCACCAUUACUACUCCCACAACCAUCAUUCCAACUACCACUGCUCCAACAACCAUUACUGCUCCAACAUCCGCCAUCACUGCCCUAACAACCACUACUACUGCUAAUAUAACCACCACUGCUGCUCCAACGGCCACCAUUACUACUCCCACAAUCACAACUUUUGCCCCUGCAACAACCAUUACUGCUCCUACAAUCACUACUACUGCUAAUAUAACCACCACUGCUGCUCAUACAACCACCAUUACUGCCGCUGCAAUCACCAAUACUGCCCCAAUAUCCACCAUGUCUUCUUCUGCAACCACCACUACAGCAGCAACAACCAUUACCAUAACAACCCCUACUACUGCCCCUAUAAUCACCCCUAGAGCUACUGCAAUCCCCACGACUGCCCCAACAACUGCCCGUACAACAACACUUACUGCUGCUACAACCACCCCUAAUGCCCUAACAACCAUCAUGACUGCCCCUGUAAUCACCACUUCUGCAAUGAUAUCCAUGACAUCUAGCCCUUCAACCGGUGUUACCAACCCCACUUCCACCAUUACAGCUCCUCCAUCCACUACUACGACCCUGAGAACUGCCCCCAGUGCCUCUACUCUGGGGGAAAUCUCAGUCCAGUGCAGGGUUGCUGCAAUAACGGUGACAGUUUCCAGGGCUUUUCUCCUGAGGAACAACAUCAGGGAGAGCAGCCUGUACCUAGGCCUGCCUGAAUGUGGCGUCAAUGGAGGCAACACCCUGCACGCCCAGCUGACCGUGGCUUGGAAUGAGUGUGGCACCAGGCUUGUGCAUAAUGAAACGUACUACACAGCAUCUGUAACCCUGUUCAAUACCAUGGACAUGUACACAUCAGACAGUGGGACAGUGGAGGCUCCCAAGAUACAGCUGGAGGUUCCCAUCGUGUGCUCCUACAUGAAGAGCAUGCUCAUCUCUGCUGACUUCGGCUCUAUGGGGUAUGACAUGAUCAAAGAUCUCACCAUCACGGGCUCGGGGGAGUUCCAGGUGACGGUGCAGCUUAUGAACGGCACCAUGCCUCUGCCCCACAACUACAGCCUGUCCUCUGAGGAGGCAGUGGUGGUGGAGGUCAGCCUCAACACCUCCUCACAGCAGAUUAAAGUAGUCAUCAACAAAUGCUGGGCCACCCCCACCCUACACCCUGUGGACAUCUCCAGCCACAUCUUCCUGGAGAACAGCUGCUCCCUGAACACAUACACCACGGUGUUGAUGAAUGGGAACUCCAGCACAUCCCGAGUGUCCGUGCAGAUAUUCUCCUUCAUCGACCUGGACGUGAUCUACCUGCACUGCCAGGUCCAGAUCUGUGUGGAGACUGGAUCCGGUUCCUGUGUGCCUGACUGUCAACAAAGAACCGCUCAGUCUUCAAACACAAUUGGAACAGCAUUCGGUUCCUCCGGGCCUCUACUGAGGUCAGAUGAAGAGUCCUUGGAGGAGGAAUCUGACACUCUUCAUUUAGUUGGGCUCUCCUGCCUGGGGAUCGGCGUGUCGCUCUUCUUCAUCAUGGGUUUCGUCUGCCUUUUCUACUACCAGAGGAACCGCAUCGGACACUACAACUUCAGCGCCAAACCCAAGCAGGAGAACUUCACCUACCUUGUCUUUAACACCUAGAUGUGCAUCAGCACCAACAGCUGAACACCCCUGCAUUAGAACACAUAAACUCUUGCAGCAUCAGACACAUUUGGUAAGGCUUUAGAGCGCAGCGGCCACCAGGGGGCACUGUUGCACCACAUUAGUUCUCACCAAACAUUGCAAAUCUUUGCACAUUAAACAAUAAAUUAAGCACAAAUUAGUUUUAUAUAUAUUUCCACCCCAGUCUAUAUAUAUUUUAAAUAUUUAAUUGAUACUAGUUGCAUGGGAUUGAAUGUCAAAUAUAGAGACUAUAAAUAUGUUAUGUAUAUUUAACAUUAUAGAAUAAAUAGGUUGCACAUCUUGAAUGGUAAAAGUUAAGUCUUGAAAGAUUGAAGCUGCAUUUCGCCUUCAGCUGAGACAAAUGUUUUCCCAGAAGAUAUUUAUAAUUACACAUUACACAUUUUACUGUAUGGUUGACAUGCACAUUUGUAAUGUGAGAACUUUGUAAAUAUACUUAAAAUAUAUAAUCUGUAAUACUUGUGCACAGUUAUCACUUUUAUUUAAGCUGCUAUUCUUCUUUUAUUUAGACAAAUUAUUUAUUAUUCUACACUUACAGUUUUUGUAUUUGUAAGUUGUAAAAUGAAAUACCUUUUUUGUCUCACUUAUAAAAACUCUCAUCUUGUGGUGCAACAAUAAACAUGUCGUGUAUGAAUGUGAGCUCUUGGGGGUGCUGUGUCACAGUUCUUCAGCUCUAGAAAAACAGGCUAAAAUGGCUUCCUGCAUGCACAAAGAUAACAUGUACACACUGUGUUGAUAUGAAAUUACAUUAAAAGGUUGCUGUCAUAGCCAACAUUUAUCGUCUUUUCUG